UUUCGGCACGUGUAGCUGCUGCUCUCACCCCCUCGGUGCUUCACCCCGCUCUCUCUGUAACUCAUUUGUUAGUCCGUUGCCGAGUUAUCGGUGAGGAGCGCACACACACACAGUACGGAGCCACAUCUUUUUUCUCGCGAGACUUUCUCCCCCCUCUCCCUUUCUUUUAUUUUCCCCAUUGCACUUCAUCUAUGUCACCCUAGGCCUCUGCACGCAUGGGAGGAGCUGGUGGAGCUAGGGAGAAGAAUGUUGUUUGUUCGGAUAGUCGGGGAGAUGACUCCACGUGCCGGUUUUACCCCCGAAAGUAAUUUGAAUGGUUGAAGGCUGGUUACGUCUCCCGACCGCUGCUCGUGAAGGUCAAUUCCACUGGGGGCGGUUCCGUCGCAGUGAAAGUGGGUUUGUAUUUGGCGCCAUCUAGAUACUUGUAGCUCUGGUAGGCCUUGUUACACCAAUUUGAAAAAUUUAUUCCGCUUGGUGCCGCUGCUAGACGUCCUGGCAAUUUGGGCUGAAGGGAAAGUGAAUGUACCGGCCUUCCAAGCAGUAUGAAGCCAAGAACGGGCGGGUAGGCCGAUGAACGGUCGGGCUAUCGCGAAACAUUGAAGGGGGCCUAACUAGAAAGAGGGGUGGGCCUAUUCUCUUAUUUCCCCCAUCGAUGGGGGGGGGGGGACGAGAGCCCAUUGGAGAUGAUUUAGCCCGAGGGGGCCUACGGGUAAAAAAAAAAGAAAAAGUUGGGUGGGUAAGUUCUUUUGCUGUUUGCUGGGCCCAACUAGUUCGCCACUUCUUCUCCAAAGCAAUGGAAGCCUAAAAACACGUUUGGCUCCGUUUUUCUGUCCUUUUUUUCCCCCCUCUUUCUUCUUUCUUUUUUUUUUCCUUCUUAAAUUGCAAUUUCGUCGCCGUGUGGUUUUGUGGUUGUUACGCUGUUACAAAAAUAACUUGACCGAAUGUGAUCAACUGAAAUUUUCAGCAUUUGGGGAAUACCAUGGGCAAAUGACAGUGUUGAAGUGUUUUGUGUCCGAAGAUUGUUUCAAACGAAAGAAAAGUUUUUUUUUAGUGGCAGCAGCGGCUUCCGGUCGGUAAUCAAACGCCCGAACAAGAGUAGCCAGUGUCGAGUUAUCUUCCAGCAGCUUCCGUCAGACUCAUUUUGCAACAACGAAGAAGAGGACCGCUUCCGGUAUUUUCGGCGAAUGCCAUGCAACGCACCAAGGCCUAUUUUAGCCCCCUUCUUCUUUCUGCUGCACCAGCGGCUUCUCCAGGCGACCUCCUGGGUGGAGUGAUGGUGUCUUCUUCCUCGCCAUCUCCACCCGAUGCUGCGCUCUUGCUCGGGCCAGAUUUCCACGGGCGAAAUGCUAAUCGCAUUGAUCAACGGAGAAUGGCUUCCGUCUUCCCGGAUCCAGACGCUCCGACCGAGAGCCAACAUUGCCCCAUCUGCUUGAACCGUUACGACGAUCCUCGAGUCUUACCUUGCUUCCAUACCUAUUGCCGUCGAUGCCUGGAUGCUCACGUGGCCGGCCGGCUCCGCUUCCCCUGUCCGUCCUGCCGGGAAGAAGUCUACCUGGGCGAGGGAGGCACCAUCGACACUCUGCCCACCAAUUCCUUCAUCGGUGAUAUCCUCAAAGUGGUCAGCGACGUUCCAGAAUAUGAUUCGCCUUCCGUCCUGGAUCAACGCGGCAGCGGCAGCGGAAGCGGUUACGAAACCGCAGUAGGAGCCGCCGCCAAAAUGGUGCCCAGUAGGGCCUACAUUUGUUCAAAUUGCGACGAAGGAGCCGUGGCAUCUUCGCGCUGCCGCGACUGCAACGAAGUCCUCUGCGACAGCUGCGUUCGAGCUCAUCAGCGCGUCCGUCUCACCAAAGAUCAUUACAUUGUCCGAUUCACCGAGGAUUUGUCCAAAACCGUUGGAUUGCCCGUCGGUUUGUCGCUCUUCUCCAGUCCCUCAUUCUCCUACUGCGACAUCCAUCCGGCCGAAGUCCUCCGUCUAUUCUGCGACAUGUGCUCGGUGGCCAUUUGCUCCGAGUGCACUCUGCGCGAUCAUCGCGGACACUCGUUCAUCUACCUCAAGGAUGCCGUGGAGAACUCCAAAACGAUAAGCCUCAAAUUGCUGGCGGAUGCAAAGGCCGGAAUGCGGGCUGUGGAAGAGAGUAUGGAGAUGACCAGCAAAAUGGCCGAGCGGAUUGAAUUGAGAGCUCAAGCCAUCGCCACCGAAAUACGGACGGCCACUCGCCGUCACAUGGCCGCGCUGGAGGAAAGAGAGCGGGAAUUGUUGCAGCGGGUCGAGAAAAUCCGACAAGUGAAAGGCAAAUCGCUUCACUUGCAAUUGGAUGAAUUGCGGAUGGCUUUGCUCCGUCUCGGAUCCACAGCCGAACUGUUGAAAACGGCCCUCGAAUCCGGCUCCGACGUGGAGAUCCUUCACACUAAAGACAAGGCUUUGAUCGAGUUCCAGCAUCUUCGACAAAUUCGUAGCAGUUUACAACCUCAAGAAGAUGACAUUAUCCAAUUCAAUCCGCCCGAUGGCGCACUACUCCAGGCCAUUUGCUCUCUGGGUCUCAUUUCCAGUUCCGGAUUCGGUCCAACUUCCGUUGCAUUCGGGGAUGGCAUUAAACGAGCCCUGUGUAAUCACGUGGCUUGCAUGACAGUCCACGUCAAAGACCAUCAAGGGGAUGCCCGUCUGGUAGGAGGAGAUCCCAUUGUGGCCAUUGUCGAAGGACCCAAUGGAGUCUCUUACCGUGCGGAUGUCGAGGACCGACAGAACGGCACUUACGUCAUGACUUAUCGACCUCAAGUGGAGGGUCGGCACAUCAUCACCGUGUUGAUCCGCGGCCGUCACAUCCACGGAUCGCCUUUCACUGUCAAAGUCCGCAGCGGACGGGAUUACUCGACCGUCGGUCAGCCUUUGUUGGCCUUCGGGAAAGAGGGCGAAUCGGAAGGCGACUUGUGUCGUCCGUGGGGCGUGGCCUGCGACAAGGAUGGAUACAUCAUCAUCGCGGAUCGCAGCAACAACCGCGUCCAGAUUUUCAAUUCGGCUGGUGUCUUCCAUCAUCGAUUCGGAUCGCCUGGCACCCGCCCGGGUCAAUUCGAUCGUCCAGCUGGCGUCGCCUCCGAUCAUCUUGGCCGUAUCAUCGUGGCCGAUAAGGACAACCAUCGCAUCCAAGUGUUCACGUUUGACGGGACGUUUCUCUUCAAGUUUGGUGAGAAAGGAACCAAGAACGGCCAGUUCAAUUACCCGUGGGAUCUGGCCGUCAAUGCGGAGGGUCACAUUUUGGUGUCUGACACUCGAAACCACCGCAUCCAGCUCUUUGCAGCCGACGGCACGUUCAUCAACAAGUACGGCUUCGAGGGAACACUCUGGAAACACUUCGACUCGCCGCGCGGUGUGUGUUUCAAUCACGAGGGCCAUAUCGUCGUCACGGACUUUAACAAUCAUCGCUUGUUGGUCAUCAAUCCCGAUUUCCAGUCGGCUCGAUUCUUGGGGUCGGAAGGCUCGGGCAACGGCCAGUUCUUGCGCCCGCAAGGUGUGGCUGUCGACUCCGAGGGUCACAUCAUUGUGGCCGAUUCGCGUAACCAUCGCGUUCAAAUUUUCCAACCCAACGGGAACUUUUUGACUAAAUUCGGGACUCAAGGAGCGGGACCCGGACAGAUGGAUCGACCCAGUGGCGUCUGCAUUUCACCUGAAGGCUACAUCAUCAUCGUAGAUUUUGGUAACAACCGAGUGCAGAUUUUUUGAGGCUCAAAAACUCCAAGCUCUUUUUUUUUUUUUUUCAAAAGUUCCCACCCUCCUUUUUCUCUCCACCCCUCUUCCUAUAUGAUAUAAGAUAUGUUCUUAUAGAUUUCCUCUUUUCAUUCUUCUUUUUUUUACCCCCCAGCGAUUGACCCCCUUUUUUUUAUUUGUUAAAAAAGAGAGGCCCAGAAACUCUCGCUUGCCACCACCACCACCAAUGUUCCUGCAUAGUAGAAAUAAUCUCGCCGAACAGAAAGAAAAAAAAAAUUAAAUAGGAAAAAAAAAACGACCGAGUCUCUUCCCCCCUCCCAACUUCCCUAGGAAACGAAAAAAUAGGGAGCGAGCCCUCGCGUCGUGUGGAGAUAAAAAUAUAUUAUAUAGGCGAGAGAGAGAGAGAGAGAAAUUUUUGUAGAGAAACCCAAAACGCGAAUUCCUCUUGAAAGUACAAAAGCAUUUUCAAACGCAAGAGAACUAAUUUUUUUACAUUCAGAUAGGUUUUUUCUUUCUUUCUAAGUUCAGUUUUGUAUUCUUCGGUCGGAAACCGUACAACCCCCCCCCCCUCAUACAUGUUUGCUAUGAUGAAAUUGAAAGGGAAAACCACCGUAAAAUUUUUCAUUAAAUUGUCGUCUCAAUUGUGUCGCCUGACUCAGGGAAGCACCACGCAGGACUUGUCCCAGUUUUCCAAAACUUUCGCACUGUUGAUGGCCAUCGUUGAUUUUUUGAUCGAGGCAGCUCAGGGUGUGCGAAAUGUUUUUGUGUUUUUGAUACUUUAGUGCAUGGACUCGGCGGAAAGAGAAUUUUUUUUUAAAAAAGGGAAAACAAAACGCGAGUUUUUCUUAUAUGUUUUGUAGACUUUAAAAAAUAAGCAAAAUGGAUCACCACGAAAGGAUAUAUAAUUAGAUUCGUAUGCUCCAGUACUACUCCUCAGAAAAUCGAACCGAAUUCAGUACGAUGACCAAUUUACAAUUAAAAUGAAGCAGUGCAAAAACUAUUAUGUACGUAAAAUCGUCUCCGAUUGAAAGGAAGCUUCUUUUAUUCGUUUUGUUUCAUACGUAAAAUCUAAUUGUGAUGAAGACAGGGAUAAAUACGUAUAUGACUUUUCGUUCAAUUUGCCUCAAUUCAGCCUCCCAACGUAAAAUCUCUUUUUUUUUAAAUGGCGAGAAAAAAACAUCUACAAAACCAUACGUACCACAGUUUAACUGAUUAGAACUUGUUUUUUCUUUUAAUUUUGUUUUCUAAAAAAAAAAGAAUGCGGGAAAAGAAAGAGUUGAAGAAAAUUCAAAAUUUUGAAAGCGAACUUGCUUGGCUACCAAGUGGUUCCAGAAGCAAUCAUGACGCUCGUUUAAGUAAAAAAGCGCAUACUAUUUGUAGUUCCUUAUGAAGGUUUGGUGCUUGUUUUCGUUCCUUUGAAUUAAACAAACUUAAAAAAAUCGACACAAAAACUAAAAAAAAAAAAAAAAACUAAAAGAUAAAAAUUCUUUUAAAAAAUUUAACCAUUUCCAUGGAUCUACCUCAUCCGAUUUAUUUCUCUUUUUACUAAAAAACCAGGCAUUUGUUAUUUUGUUUCCCUUAUAUAGCGUGUAUCCUUUUUUUUUCUCGAAAUAUUUGUGUAUGUGUUUUAUGUUAAUCGAAAUCCUCCUUUCGAUGCAACGGCAGUUCCUCACGAUAAACAAAACUACCUCUCUCGUGGUAUAUCGCCAGAAAAUUUCAAUAUUUUUCAACCGCGUACAACCAGUGUGUCUCUCCUAUUUUUCGACUUAUGUUUGUUGGUAGUUGUUUACGACUAUAAAUGUAGAGGGUGUCAGUUGCCCAGUUUUUUAGCGUUGAAAGUGAUGCGGAUAUUUUUGAGCCAAUUAUCCUCUCAGGAAAAGUAAACUGCAACUUGGUUGCAUUUGUCGGGGUUCAUUUCUUUUUAGUAGAUUAGAUUAAUUUUGUUUGUGUCCUGGAAUUUUAACCUUUUUCAAAUAUGGCGCUUCAAAAAUGUUCAUGUCCCAAAUGGUUUAGACCAAACAAAAGUUUCGCCCUACCAUUUUCUUCCUCUAACACGUAUGUUGUCGUCUGUGUCGUCGAUUUACGUAAAAAAAAAACAUGUUCGUGAUUUGAUUUCUUACUUCAAUUAACAAAAAGUUCCUAAACCAUUUUCCUCAUGCAUUUCUCUCAAUCCUAAUUUUCCAAAAUGAUUAACAAUUAAUGCAAACUCCAAUGUUCCUAUGCGUUUCUUCUCGAUCCUUUUUUGUUUGUUUUAAUUCUUACCCCAGGAAUUGAUUUAAAUUUGUGGAUUCAAAAUUGUCCCUCAUUGUGUUUCUCCCAGAAUUGUUUAUUUUUUUUUGGCUGUCGGGUCAGAGCUUAUUUACGAACUCGUAGAGGUAAUCUGCUAACAAACAGAAAAACUGCACACCCACUAAGAAAAGGAGGUGACAAAGUCGACGGAUAAGAUCCGUAUCGAAAGAAGGGCUGCACCGGAUGCUGGAAUCUUUCUCGUACAACUUUGAAUUCCGGCCGGUUUAUGACCGAGAAAAAUACUAAGCCCAACACUAAAUAUAAACCCACCCAACUCGCGCAUCGGGCUCAACAGCCUCCUCCCCUUUCACUACUUAAAACACAAAAGAUCAAACCAUUUGGUUCCUAACUAAAAUUUAAUUUGCAUUCUCUCUCUUAUUUUUUCCUUUUCUUCUCCUCUUUUACGACAAAAAAAGACAAAAAUUUAGAAAUCGAUAUCUUUGUGAGCUUGGCUUAUCAAUGGAUAAUAUGUUUUUAAGUUUCACUGUUUUUGAGUAAAAACCAGUUAGUGUACUGUUUUUGUUAGUAGUGUUUUAAACGCCACCCAAUUUUCUUCACAGCCCCCACCAGCUAAAAAAAAAAUAUAUAGCGACUGUCAAUUGUUCGCUUUAAAACAACGCUAUUCCGGUGGUUUUGGUGAAUCCAUCAUUUCCUACA